UGAUUUUGAGCCUAUCAAAUCCUUCCUGGGAAAAGUUGAGCUCGGGAACAUCAGGAACCAUGACCGGGCAGCUCUUUGGUUUUUCAGCCAACAGGCGCAUCAUCGCCGGCCUGCUGGUCAACCUGUUUUCCUCCAUCUGCGUCGUCUUCAUCAACAAGUGGAUCUAUGUCCACUACCGCUUCCCCAACAUGACCCUCACCCUGGUGCAUUUUGUGGUCACCUGGUUGGGACUCUACGUUUUCCAGAAAAUUGACAUCUUCUCUCCGAAGAGCCUCCAGGUGCGCAGGAUCAUGUGGUUGGCGCUCAGCUUCUGUGGGUUUGUGGCCUUCACCAACCUCUCCCUGCAGAACAACACAAUAGGAACAUACCAGCUGGCCAAAGCCAUGACCACGCCCGUCAUCAUCCUCAUCCAGACCACUUACUACAAGAAGACCUUCUCCACGAAGAUUAAGCUAACGCUAGUGCCUAUAACUUUAGGGGUGAUACUAAACUCUUACUAUGAUGUCCGCUUUAAUCUCUUGGGGAUGGUGUUUGCCACGCUGGGGGUUCUUGUCACUUCGCUUUACCAAGUGUGGGUGGGAGCGAAACAACAUGAGCUCCAGGUGAACUCCAUGCAGCUGCUGUACUAUCAGGCUCCUCUGUCGUCGGCGUUCCUCCUCGGGAUCAUCCCGUGUUUUGAGCCGCUAACAGGAGACGGUGGGAUAUUCGGACCGUGGUCUCUGCCUGCUCUGGUGACGGUGCUGUUCUCAGGUGUGGUGGCGUUCCUCGUCAACCUUUCCAUCUACUGGAUCAUCGGGAAUACCUCGGCUGUAACCUACAACAUGUUUGGUCAUUUCAAGUUCUGCAUCACUCUGGUUGGAGGAUACCUGCUCUUCAACGACCCGCUUUCUUUCAACCAGGCAUUAGGGAUCCUCUGCACGCUGGCGGGGAUCCUGUCCUACACCCACUUCAAGCUGGCUGAGCAGGAGGAGGGGAAGAGUCGUCUGGCUCAGAGGCCGUAGGCUGAUCAACCCCCAUUCAGAUCAUUUUUUUUACAUUUUGCAGAGAAUAAAACAUGAAGAGAAGCUGACUGUGAUUGCAGCAUCGUCUGGACUCAAACUGCAAACCUUUAGCUUUGUAAAACGGCGUCUAUAUUUCCAAACAAAAACAACACGAGGGCCUUUAGAGCGUUUUUACGCGGACAGAUUUAGCAUCAGCUGUUUGCAUAAUUUCCUAUAUAUACUUUAUGAACUAAAGUUGACAAACUGGCUGGUUUAGAGGAAACAAUCAUCACGUGUUUGACCUUUACCAGCUGAGGACUGAGCGAUGAAGUUGGACUUUAUGCAUCUAUUAAAGACAGCCUUCU